AUGUCGUACGGUGGCGGAUACUCGCGCGGCGGCAACGACUCCUACCGCUCUCGUGGAGGUUACGAUGACGGUUAUCAGAAUGGCGGUGGCUACGGUGGUGGCGGCUACGGUGGUGGCUACGGCGGCGGCCGCGGUGGUGGUUUUGGCGGCGGUGCUGGUGGUGACCGCAUGUCCAACCUGGGCGCUGGCCUGAAGAAGCAGGAUUGGGACAUGAACGCCCUCCCGAAGUUCGAGAAGUCCUUCUACAAGGAGCACCCGGAUGUUACCGACCGAUCGGAGGCCGAGGUUGAUGAAUUCCGCAAGUCGCAUCAGAUGGCUGUUCAGGGCAGCAAUGUUCCUCGCCCCGUCGAGACCUUCGACGAGGCUGGCUUCCCCCAGUACGUGCUGUCGGAAGUCAAGUCCCAGGGCUUCGAGAAACCGACUUCCAUUCAGGCACAGGGCUGGCCCAUGGCUCUCUCUGGUCGUGAUGUCGUCGGUAUCGCCGAAACUGGUUCUGGAAAGACCCUGACCUACUGUCUUCCCGCGAUUGUUCACAUCAACGCGCAGCCCCUUCUUGCCCCCGGUGAUGGCCCCAUCGUCCUUGUGCUUGCUCCGACCCGUGAGCUGGCGGUCCAGAUUCAGACUGAGAUCACCAAGUUCGGCAAGUCUUCUCGUAUUCGCAACACUUGCGUUUACGGUGGUGUCCCCAAGGGCCCUCAAAUUCGCGACCUGUCCCGUGGUGUCGAGGUUUGCAUUGCCACCCCCGGUCGUCUGAUUGACAUGCUGGAGGCUGGUCGCACCAACCUUCGCCGUGUCACUUACCUCGUGCUCGACGAGGCCGACCGCAUGCUUGACAUGGGUUUCGAGCCUCAGAUCCGCAAGAUCAUCGGACAGAUUCGCCCUGACCGUCAGACUUGCAUGUGGUCUGCUACCUGGCCCAAGGAGGUCCGUCAGCUUGCUUCGGACUUCCUGAAUGACUACAUCCAGGUCAACAUUGGUUCCAUGGACCUGUCUGCUAACCACCGCAUCACCCAAAUUGUUGAGGUCGUGUCGGACUUUGAGAAACGCGAUAAGAUGAUCAAGCACCUCGAGAAGAUCAUGGAGAACAAGGGCAGCAAGGUCCUGAUCUUCACGGGUACCAAGCGUAUCGCUGACGAGAUCACUCGUUUCCUCCGUCAGGACGGAUGGCCCGCCCUCUCCAUCCACGGCGACAAGCAGCAGAACGAGAGAGAUUGGGUGUUGAACGAGUUCAAGCAGGGCAAGAGCCCAAUCAUGGUGGCUACCGAUGUGGCUUCCCGUGGUAUCGAUGUCCGCGACAUUACUCACGUCCUCAACUAUGACUACCCCAACAACUCGGAGGACUAUGUCCACCGUAUCGGCCGUACUGGUCGUGCCGGUGCCAAGGGUACCGCCAUCACCUUCUUCACCACUGACAACUCUAAGCAGGCUCGUGACUUGGUCACUAUUCUCACUGAGGCCAAGCAGCAGAUCGACCCCCGUCUCGCCGAGAUGGUCCGCUACAGCGGCGGCGGCGGUGGUGGUCGCUGGGGUGGUGGCCGAGGCCGUGGCGGUUGGGGUGGCCGUGGCCGUGGUGGCGGCGGCUUCACCCAAUCCAACGCUGCGCCUCUGGGCGGCAACCGUCGCUGGUAA